AUGACAACCCCGAACCGAGGGAUUGUGGUUAUCUCCGGAGGAAGUGCGGCGAACAACCUCGUGGACGUCUUCAACGCGAUCCGUGAGAGUAAGGAGUGCAGCUUAAGCUAUGUCAUUCCCAUCAGUGAUAAUGGCGGCUCUUCGUCUGAGUUGAUUAGAAUUUUUGGAGGACCAGGAAUUGGUGAUGUGCGAAGCAGACUAGUUCGUUUGAUUCCAGAUUCACCUGUCAAUCCGGAGAAAAAGGCAAUCAAAUCUCUUUUCAACCAUCGUCUCCCUGCUGAGGCAGUUGCGGCAUCUCAGCAAUGGCUAUCUAUUGUUGAUGGCACUUCCGUGUUAUGGAAAGCGAUUACGCCGGCAAAGAAAGAGCUGAUUCGCUCAUUCUUCAAUAUGUUGAACCUGGAGAUUUUGAAGAGAGCGCGACCACCAUCUUCAACUUUCGAUUUCACCUCAGCCAGCGUCGGAAACUUGUUUCUAACGGGAGCACGGCUGUUCAGCGGCAGUUUUGAAAGUGCCAUCUAUCUUUUGGGGAGUAUCUGCGGUGUGGACUCGGAUAAUGUACGAGUGAUACCGGCAAUCAACUCCAACUUCUCUCACCACAUCUCUGCGACUCUUGCCGAUGGUACAAUUAUUGUUGGCCAGAAUAGCAUCUCACAUCCUAGUGAAUCCACCACUCUCGGUCAGACCCAUAAGGCUAGACGGCCAAGUCUGCUUCUUGCCGAUGGAGAUGAUUUCGAGGACACUGACCCUUCAGAUCUUUCAGACACAGUUUCUUAUGAAGAGGACCACCUCCCUGGCUCCCUUGCUACGCUGCGGAAUAAGAAUAUCGCGUUCAGCAAGGCUAAAAAUGAAGACUUGCCAUCUCGAAUCAGUCGCAUCUGGUAUAUUAAUCCAUACGGCCAGGAGAUUCGCCCACCAGCGAAUCCGCGCGUCCUUGAAGCUUUGGAUGAUGCCCAAGCGAUUAUCUACAGUAUAGGGUCUCUUUAUACAUCCAUUAUUCCUGCCAUCGUCCUACGCGGUGUAGGCAGGAGCAUUCUCGCCAGUCCUGCUCGUCACAAGAUCCUCAUACUGAACGGCUCAUUGGAUAGAGAGACCGGUCCACCAUCACAAGCAUUCUCGGCAUCCGACUUUGUGGAGGCAAUCGCACGCGCUGGCGAGGAGAGUCGUGGGAGCAGGUCUGCUAGGUCUCAGCUACACAAUGAUUUCUCUACAACUACAUCGACAACCGAAAAGACUCGGUCUAAUAACUCAAUUCCUUAUAACUCCUACGUGACCCAUAUUCUUCAUCUCGAUGGACCAGGCACUCCACAUGUGGAUAGAGAAAGAUUGACGGAAAUGGGAAUCGAAACACUACGGCUUUAUGGACGAAAGAUCACAAUGAAUGCCGAUGGCCAGGAGGUUGUCGUUGGUAUGCAGUAUGACUCCAAUGCGCUGAUCCAGGCUCUGGAAGUUGUGCUGGGAAAGAAGGGAGAUGCCAUGGUGCGAGGUGGAGUGGGAAGUGGACUGGGGAGGCGAAAUACUCUAGAUCCACCUCGGCGAGAGAGAAAAUAG